GAGAAAAGGUCUGACUCACGCAACACAACAAUUAAUACUUAAAAAGAAAUUCAUGUGCGUAUUGCUUUCAACUUCAACUUGAAGUAGAUAGAAAGAGGCUAUGGCUGGUCUUCAAAGAUCUGCAGUGUCCUUCAGGAGGCAGGGUUCAUCAGGCUUCGUUUGGGACGAUAGGUUCUUAUCAGAGGAAUUGAACAAAGUCAAAGAAGAUCAGAACAACAACAACGAUGGCGGCCCCGAGAUUAAAGAGCUUCAUCAAGUUCAAACAACGCCGCCACCGGAGAGAACCCGCUCCAACGGCGGAGCACGGGGUUACCGCACCGGAAAAGUUUCGCCGGCAAUUGAGCCACCGUCUCCCAGGCUCUCUGCAUGCGGCUUCUGCGCCGCCUUUGGGAAAGCAGGGGACAACAAGCCCCAACGGACUACACCCGCCAAACAUCGACCAAGGUAGACGGUGGUUCAGGUGACGGAGACAGAAUAUUCCGGCCAGGUUUCUAUGUAAUGUUUACUUCUAGGUUUGUAGGUAGGCCCGGAUGAGUUGAAUUGUUACGAACAUAAUCAUGACCACCUCUCUAUUUCUCUCUGCAAGUUUUCUUUCUAUCUACCACCCUUCUUUCUUCCUUUAA